GACAGCCAUUGCCGAGGCUAUCUGAAGCAGGCUCACAAUACCCCUAAAGCCAGUUUCGUCUAGGGCCUGUCAGUGGAAUACAUCUUCGAGAACAGAAGAGAGCAGGAGAGAGGAGAGGAGAGGAGAGGAGGGAGGAGAGGCAGAUCAAUACAAGCGUCUCAUCAAAUUCUCCAUCGCUGUGCUCUCUGAGGCCUCGCACCAUGUCCUCUUCGGACGAGGAGACGCUGAGCGAGCGCUCCUACCCCAGCGAGCGCUCCGGCAGCCUCUCCCCCUGCCCCCCCGCCGGCUCCCAGGGGCCCCCCGGGGACACACUGCCCUGGAACCUGGCACGACACGAGAGGCGCAAGAGGACGAGCCAGAACAGCGUGUUGGACCCCGCGGAGAGAGCGGUGGUGAGGGUGGCAGAUGAGCGUGACCGAGUCCAGAAGAAAACCUUCACGAAAUGGGUGAACAAGCACCUGAUCAAGGUCCGCAAACACAUCGCAGAUCUGUACGAGGACCUGAGGGACGGACACAACCUGAUCUCCCUGCUGGAGGUGCUGUCUGGAGUCACACUGCCUCGGGAGAAAGGCAGGAUGCGUUUCCAUCAGUUACAGAACGUUCAGAUCGCCCUGGACUUCCUGAAGCAGAGACAGGUGAAGCUGGUGAAUAUCCGAAACGAUGACAUCACAGACGGGAAUCCUAAACUCACCCUGGGUCUGAUCUGGACCAUCAUCCUGCACUUCCAGAUCUCGGAGAUCUACGUGAGCGGGGAGUCGGGUGACAUGACAGCCAAGGAGCGGCUGCUGCUCUGGACUCAGAAGCUGACGGAGGGAUACCCCGGGAUCCGCUGCACCAACUUCACCUCCAGCUGGAGCGACGGGCGCAUGUUCAACGCAAUCCUGCACCGAUACAGGCCGGACCUCAUUGACAUGGCGCGUGUUGUGCAGCAGAGUAACCGUGACAACCUGGAGCAGGCCUUCGAGAUCGCCGAGUCUCUGGGGGUGACCAGGCUGCUGGAUGCAGAAGACGUGGAUGUCCCGUCCCCGGAUGAGAAGUCUGUCAUCACCUACGUCUCGUCCAUUUACGAUGCGUUCCCCAAGAUCCCCGAGGGGGGCGAGGGGGUCGGAGCCCACGAGGUGGAACAGCGCUGGUCAGAGUAUCAGAACCGGGUCACAGUCCUGGUCCAGUGGAUCCGGCAGCACACAACUCGCAUGUCAGACAAGAGCUUCCCUCAGAACCCGGUCGAACUCAAGGCUCUUUAUAAUGAGUAUGUGCACUUUAAAGAAUGCGAGAUCCCUUUGAAGGAGGCAGAGAAGGAGAAGAUAGAACAUUUAUAUAAAUUACUGGAGGUGUGGAUGGAGUUUGGGCGUGUGAAGCUUCCCCAGGGCCUGCACCCCAAUGACGUGGAGGAUGAGUGGGGCAAACUCAUCCUGGAGAUGCUGGAGAGAGAGAAGGCUCUGAGGCCGGCCAGUCGAGAG